AACUCCAAAAAACUGUGCAGUAGUAGUCAAUAAAAUUCCUUUACUUUAUUCAAACCAUGAUCAUUUCCAGAUUAUUUGACCGCUCUCUCGCUAACUUUGAUUCAUCUGUUCUUUCUUGAUCUUGCUCCGUUUUUUCUGUUGAAUAAUUUAUUAUCUCAUUUCUCUUCUUCACCAUCCCACCGGAAAAAGGAAAUUUCAGGAAAGAAAUACUUGCUUGCUCUGCAGUCGGCGAGAUCUGUUUCUCCCUUAAAAUUUGAGAGUGAAACUGAGGAAAAAUCCCUGCAUAAGAGAUGGACAUGGCCUCCACUUGCAGCAUCGAUCGUGUCUUCCUUGAUCUACAGUCGCUUGUGGACAACCCCCCUGUCAUGUACCGAAUACCCAAAAUUAGAGCUGCGUACCUGGAUAUAAAAUUUCUCAAAACAUUUGUUAUGAGUGCAAGAAAGUGGAGCCACUGCAAUGAUUUGUACUUGGAAUCUGAUAAUGUAGUGAAGAAGGUGAGUCUUCCAUCUUUCUUAUCUUGCAUUGAGGAUACCUUUCACAAAUAUGAGGAGGACAUUCACUCUCUUUUCCUUAUGUUGAAAUCUGAUGCACGUGACAUACUUUAUGUUGGCAAUGAAGUGUUCCCCAAAUUUUUGAAACAAAUCAAAUCAUUUAAGCAAGAAAUCAUCCAAGUUUACUUUAAUUUGGCAAGCAGCAGAUCACUAGAAUCAAAUUCUUGCAUGCCAGUUGAUGAACUAAUGGAAUUUAUUGACCUCAUUCUACAAAAUCUAGCGGAUUUAACAACUAGCAAUUUGUCUAUUUUUGAUAUGGACCCCCAAGUUAUUACUCAAUUCCAAGCCCUUGAAGCAAAGCUAACAUUCUUGAAAAGCUUCGUUCCCUUUGCCAAAUUGCGAGGAACUGCAGAUAUUCCUGCCUUGCUAUUGGCUCACUUUGAAGUGAUGGCUUUGAACGCAGCACGCCUCUGUUACAUGUGUUCUUUUUGGGAUGAUGAGGAACGGCACAAUCCUGAGUUCUGCUCCAUGAUAUAUGAGCAACAACAGAAAAUCACAGCUGUUGAUUUUCAAGUCUAUGAGAUUUAUAUGGAAGUUCUUAGAGCUACAAGAUCCUCAAAAUCAUUGCAUAAUAGAAUGAUGGAUAAGCAGAUAUUGAACAACUUCAAUGAUUCUCUGAUUAGUUGUCUCUGGGAGCUGUUGUGCUGCAGCUCUAGCUUUAUGGAUUCUACGAAAGAUGAAAUGGGAAUACUCUAUGCAGGACUGAGGUUCUUGAGAAGCAUUUUAAGGGAGCAGCAGGAGAAGAUGGAUGAACAAAACGAAAAAAUUGGUGCUCUUCUUACUGAGGCAGGCAUUAUAAUUUGCUCACCUUCUCUAAACAGAGUGAAAGAAGGAGAAGUUAGCUUCUUAGAAUCCACAGAGGCUUGUGACUGUUAUGAUAUGCUGGCUAAUACCAACAUCCAUAUCAAGCAUUUUAAGGAUCAGAUCAGUGGCUCAAGCAUUAUUGAAAGUCUUCCCUCCUUUCAUAGCUUAAGAGUACCAGAAGUUAGCAAGGCUUCCAGUCACAUGCUAUCAAAAGUUAAAAUGCCAAUAGCUCAUGAAGUCGUGGUUGGUCUUGAUGAUGAGGCAGAAAAAGUAAUUGAACGACUUUUAAGUGGACCAGAACAGGUGGAAAUUGUUCCCAUUGUGGGAAUGGCUGGGCUUGGUAAAACAACUUUAGCCGAAAAAGUUUACAAUGAUAGUUCAAUUAUAUUUAACUUCCAGAUUCGUCUUUGGUGCACUGUUUCUCAAGAAUUUGACAUGAAAAGCUUGUUAAUACAAAUUUUGUGCUCUAAUGGAAAACAAUCUAGCAUGGAUGAAGAGCUUAAAAAGUUGAAUGAACAUGAAUUGCUUCAAAAGCUCUAUCAAAGGCUGAAGAUGAAGAGGUAUCUAGUUGUUUUUGAUGAUGUCUGGGACAUUAAGGUAUGGAAUGAGCUGAGAAUUUCAUUUCCUGAUGAUAAGAAGAGAAGUAGGAUCCUUUUUACGAGUCGAUUUUCUAAUGUGGCUUCACAGGUUCAAUAUGGUGGGGAACCUCACAAUCUUCGCCCACUCAGUGAGAAAGAAAGUUUUGAAUUACUGCAUAAGAAGGUUUUUGGAAAAGAAGAUUGUCCUCAAGCAUUGCAUGGAUUGGGAAUGGAGAUUGCCAAAAAAUGCAUGGGAUUGCCACUUGCACUAAUUGUUGUAGCUGGAGCCCUAGCAACUACAGAGCAUGAUAUUUUGGUUUGGGAAGAAUUUGCUGAGAGUUUAACUUCGACCAUGGUGUCUGGUGCAGGCCAGUGCAAGAAGUCGUUGGAGCUCAGUUAUGAGCAUUUACCAUAUCACUUGAAGGAAUGCUUGCUGUAUUUUGCUGCAUUUCGAGAAGAUGAAAAAAUUGGUGCCAAGAAUUUGAUGCGUCUAUGGAUUGCAGAAGGGUUUGUGGAAAAAAUUGAAGGAGAGAGAUCAGAGGACAUUGCAGAAGAAUAUCUGAUGGACCUAAUUGGCCGAAACUUAGUUAUGGUAAGUGAAAACAGAUCCAUUGGUGGAGUCAAAACUUGUUACAUUCACGAUUUGAUAUUUGAGUUCUGUAAGGGCGAGGCGAAAGAAAAGAAAUUUCUUCAGGUCCUGCAAGGAUAUGAUGAGCUUUCUAAUUUUAAUGAGCCUCCCAACCUACCACGAUUGCCCAUUUGCUCCAGUGGAGAAGAUUUUAUAAAGUCAAAGCUAUUUUGUCCACAUUUAGAUACUCUGCUGCUCUGCAAUGCUACUCCAGGAUAUGAGUUUGACUUGCUUAAUAUCUCCUUCCUUUUUGGCAUCUACAAACAUCUUAAAGUUUUGAAUUUAGACAUCAACCUAAGACUGGAGGAGCUUCCAACUGAAGUCGAAUCACUUCUUUGUUUGAGGUACUUAGCCCUUACAGGUCGGACCAUGAAAUUCAUUCCACCAUCUAUAGCCAAGCUCUCACAUUUGGAAACCUUUUGUGUAUAUUCUGGUGGGCUGGUUUCAUUGCCAGAUAGCAUCUGGAACAUGAAGAAGUUGAGGCAAGUAUGUGUAAGGCGUCGCGUUGUUAUUCGUUUCUCUUGCAAUGACAACGUUCUUGAAAACCUCUCCUCUUUACCCAAUUUAGACACACUCUCCAAUCUGUAUCUUUCUUAUGAUCAAGAAGGAGAGAACAUAUUGAGAAGGAUUCCCAACGUUCGCCGACUUAAAAUUUUCAAUCUGGGGGGACAAAAUAUAGUAUGCUGCAACAUGAGUCGACUAGAAUGCCUAGAAUCACUCGUCUUAGCUGGCUACAGUCUCUCAGGUUCGCAGGAACAUGUUGACCUUUCUUUUCCCAUGAAUUUGAAGAAGUUGUGUCUUUUCAAUCUGCGUCUUCCCGGUUAGAAAAAUGUCAUUGAUUGAACAACUACCGAAUCUUGAAGUCCUAAAAUUAAGAUGGCGGUCAAUGGAGGGCCAAAAAUGGGAGCUGAUGGAAGGAGGAUUCCCCAAACUCAGGGUCUUGACUUUGGAAUUCGCAAAGAUUGUUGAGUGGACGGAGACAGACCCUGACAGUGAUGAUUACUUCCCGUGCCUUCAGCAACUAAAACUCCACGGAAUUUAUAAUUUGGAAAUGAUGCCUUCUUGUUUAGGGCGUAUAUCUACUCUUGAAACAAUUCAGGUGGCGCGUUGCGGAGAUGGUGUCAAAUCUUCAAUACGGGAAAUUGAAGAAGCACAGAAAUAUUAUGGAAAUGAGAAUCUAAAGAUCAUCAUAUAGACUGAAGGGCAUCAGUUGGUGCAAUAUCGGAAGAUGGAGGUAAAAAUUGGAAAGGAUCGAUGACUCUUUUCUUGUCAAGAUAUGGUGGAAACAAUGAAUGAGAUUCGUACAAUGUACACUGUUUUAUCAAUCUGCACGGCAGCAUAAAGGUUAUUCAGAUAAUUUGCUGUUGGCGUAUUUUGUGUAAUUUCGUUUUGCUGAAUUUAGUUAUCGUUGUGUGCUAAUUCUUUUCAAACAUGUAUGAAUUUGCUGAAUUGGGGCUUGGAAAAUAGGGACAAUGUACGAAGGUACUGCCACAAAAUGAUUGGUUUUUGACUGGCAAGAAACUCUAUUAUCUUUUUUU